UCAUAUCAUAUCAUAUCAUUUUCUCGAUCACUUUGGUACGUAAGUGCUUAAUGGCCCCAGAAAAUGGAGAAAAAGUAGAGGUUGGUGGUCUCAAUGCAUUUCCAGGGACAAAGGCAAAGAAGAAUUGGGUUCUUUUGUCCCUGAGAGUGGUUGCAUUUGUGGCCACUGCAUCUGCAACACUUGUCAUGGCUCUCAACAAACAGACCAAAAGCUUCGUGGUUGCCACCGUUGGUAGCACCCCCAUAACAGCUACUAUUGCAGCAAAGUUUAACCAAACUCCAGCUUUUGUGUUCUUUGUGAUAGCCAAUGGAAGUGCGAGUCUGCAUAAUUUGGUGAUGAUAGCAGUGGAUGUAUUAGGACCCCAAUAUGAUUACAAAGGACUCCGGCUUGCAUUAAUUGCUAUACUAGACAUGAUGACAAUGGCUCUGGCAUCAGCUGGAGAUGGUGCAGCAACAUUCAUGUCUGAAUUGGGAAGGAAUGGUAAUUCUCAUGCAAGAUGGGAUAAGAUCUGUGACAAAUUCGAAACCUAUUGCAACCGAGGUGGUGCUGCCCUUAUUGUCUCUUUCAUUGCCUUCAUUCUCCUCCUCAUUAUUUCACUCAUCUCCAUUAUCAAGCUUCUCAACCCAAAUCGCAUUAACCAUGCUUCUUCAUAACAACACUUCUCUAUUUUCUAUGUUGGUUCGACCCAUCAUAUGAUACUUUUUCUUUUGUAUCCUCUAUGUAUACAUCCGGUGCUCCUGCUUUAAAACUUUUGAAUUUAGGUAUGUUUCGUCAAAAAAAUAAAAACCGAAAUUAAAUGAGUAUGUUUUAAAAUAAUUUUCUUAGAAUGUGUUAGGAAUCUAUUUUGCACUCUUGUUUACAAUUACGUGUGUCAUAUAUAAUUAUUAAUGUAUAUUGCUCCAAUAUGAAGGAUAAUUAAUUAAAUAUAUUUUAGUUUUUAUUGCU